GGAAAGAAUUAUUUGGUAUUGGGAGAGAGAUGGCUUUCACUGAGAAGCAAGAAGCGUUGGUGAAGGAAUCAUGGGAGCUUUUGAAGCCAAACAUUCCCGAGAUGAGCUUGCGUUUCUUUACACUAAUUUUAGAGAUUGCACCGGCUGCAAAGAGGAUGUUUUCUUUUCUGAGAGACUCAGAGGAGAUACCGCAGAAUAAUCCCAAGCUCAAGGCUCAUGCUGUCAAGGUUUUCAAGAUGACAUGCGAGGCAGCCAUUCAACUUAGAGAGAAGGGGGAGGUGGUGGUGGCUGAUACAACUCUCAAGUAUCUAGGCUCUGUUCAUCUCAAGAAUGGCGUCAUUGGUCCCCAUUUUGAGGUGGUGAAAGAGGCACUUUUGAGAACAAUUAAAGAGGCAAUUGGAGAAGAGAAAUGCAGUGAUGAGAUGAGCAGUGCCUGGGGUGAAGCUUAUGAUCAGUUGGCUGCAGCUAUCAAGGCCGAGAUGAAGGAAGAGGUUGCUUAAUUUCCUUCCACCCAAAAGAAAAUGGUUUAGUGCCAACAUUAAGAAAGUUAUUGAACAAAUUGUUACUUUAAUGUCUAAAUCUAUUCAAUCCAUCAGCAAUUUUAUUAAUUUUGCUGCCUAAAUUAUUGUCCUUUUUCAUU